UCGUCUCUCACUGUGCUUCACGACCCGUUGUCCGACUACCUCCGUGCCUCCCGUCCUGUCGUCUCCCGUGUUUUGUCCGCGUUGGUCACUCACCCGACUGCACCUCUGUCGUCUGUCUCAGCACUUGUUACCACUGUCUCUGGCUUUGCCUCUUCCCACCGCCUUGACUACGCCGCUCACUUGGUGAGUGGCCCUGCACGUUCUCCGUCCUCUGGGGGUGCUCCUGUCUUUCCCCUGGAGGUCGUAGAGGACAGGCAGUUCGAGCUUGGUUUUCUUGCGGCCGCUGUUCCUCAUCUCUGCGCCAUGCUGCUUGCCCCUGAGGGGGAUCCAGACGCCCUUGACAUCCCGAUCCCUCGCACUCACGCCGAGGCGGUCUCGGGACCCUGGGCUUCGUACUGGAUAGCAGCUGAGGAGGCAGAGAUGGCAUCUUAUAGGUCCACAGGCACUUACGUCGACGCAGUCCCACCACUUGGGACAAAUGUCGUCAGUGGCCGAUGGCUCUACAAGGUGAAGCGGCCGCCUGGAUCACCACCUGUGUUCAAGGCACGCUAUGUUGCGAGAGGCUUCAGUCAGCGAGAGGGGGUGGACUUCUUCCAGACCUUCGCUCCCACCCCGAAGAUGAGUACUCUUCGGGUGUUGCUGCAUAUUGCAGCCCAGCGCGACUACGAGUUGCACUCCUUGGACUUUUCCACCGCGAUCCUUCAGGGGAGCCUGCACGAGCAGAUCUGGCUGCGUUGCUCGCCUGGCUUCACUGGCUCUUUCCCACCUGGGACCCAGUGGCAGUUGCGUCGACCAGUCUACGGCCUGCGUCAGGCCCCACGUGAGUGGCACGACACACUUCGCUCGACCCUUGCAGCUCUUGACUUCUUUCCGUCGUCUGCUGACCCGUCACUGUUCGUUCGCCGUGGCUCGACCCCGUUCUUUGUCCUGGUCUACGUCGACGACCUAGUGUUCGCCACUCCCGACCGACGCGCGCUGGCCUCCGUGAAGGAGGAACUGCAGAGGAGACACACUUGCACUGACCUUGGUGAGCUGCAGCACUACCUUGGCCUGCAGAUCACCAGGGACAGGGCAGCUCGCACCAUUACGCUGACUCAGUCGCAUAUGGUCGAGCAGAUCCUCACGCGGUUUCGCUUCCCGUUCUCCAAGGUACAGCUCACCCCUCUUGGUGUGGAUCAUGGGCUCACGGCUCCACCUUCGGACGAGUCAUUUGAGUCCAGUGGUCCAUAUCCUGAGCUGGUGGGUUGUCUCAUGUACCUGAUGACCUGUACUCGCCCAGACCUAGCUUACCCUCUUAGCGUCCUUGCGCGCUUUGUUGCGCCUGGGAGACACCGACCUUCCCACUGGUACGCUGCUAAGAGGGUGGCGAAGUAUGUGGCGAGUACAUCAGGCAUGGGACUUGUCCUUGGAGGGAAGCAGCCAGUUACACUCACAGGUUACUCGGACUCGUCGUGGGCCGACGACGCGGAGACGCGUCGGUCUACACAGGGGUACUCCUUUAGCCUCGGGGCAGGUGCUGUUUCGUGGCGGUCGACUCGGGCGUCGUCUGUCGCCGGUUCCAGCUGUGAGGCAGAGGUGUACGCUGCGGCCAUGGCCGCUCAGGAGCUUCGCUGGCUGUCUUUCCUUCUCACCGACCUUGGUGAGCGGCCUCGCUCUCCCCCAGUCUUGUUCGCCGACAACAGGUCUGCUGUCCUGUUGUGUGAGGAGCCCCGACUGGUUGGGAAGGCGAAGCACAUCCAGCUUCGUUACUUCCUUCUGCGUGAGUUGCAGCAGCGUGGACAGGCACUUGUUCGACGUGUGGUCUCUGAGGCAAACACGGCAGAUAUCUUCACCAAGGCGUUGCCGCCUUGUGACCACCAGCGUUUCUGCACCCAGCUUGGCCUUGUGCCUGCCCGUCCUCACUUGCUUGCUUAG